AUGGAUGAUGUGCCAUGUUUCAAGCCAGAAUCCAGCCUAAAUGACCAACAAACACCAUCUCUGCAGCAGCAGCUUGCGGAGGAUCUACAGCAGCUCCGGCGGCCGCCACACCUGAAUGAGACCGGAGCAGCAGCUCCGAUGGCGACCGCCACAUCCCCUGACCUGCAUUCCUCGCCUUUACGCUGGCAAACCUUGUCCUCCUCCUCGCUGCUCCGCCGCCCCGAGUUCGACAACUUCACCUUCCUCACGCUCGAGUCCCGCGCGUGGCCGUGGCAGGAGCACGCCGUGCCGCACCCGACGUCCUUCCACCCAUCGUCGCUCCCGCGGCUCCGCGCAUGGAUCGCCCGCGCGCGCCGCUCGCGCCGCACGGCGCUGAUGCUCUACGCCGGCACCGUGUCCAGGCCGUCCCGCCCCAACAUCCGGAGCUUCAUCCUCGCCGAGUGCGCGAACCGCACCGACACAUGCACCGUCGUCGACUGCCAUGGCGGGUCCUGCGCGCUCGACCCGGUGCGCUCCAUGCGGCCCAUGCUGAAGGCCAAGUUCUGCCUGGAGCCGCCGGGGGACACGUCGACGCGGCGUUCGACGUUCGACGCGGUGGUGGCCGGGUGCGUGCCGGUGUUCUUCGAGGACGCGUCGGCAAGGACGCAGUACGGGUGGCACCUGCCGCCGGGGAGGUACGAGGAGUUCUCGGUGACCAUACCCAAGGACGCGGUGAUGCUGGGGGGCGUGCAGAUCAUGGAGACCCUGGCGGCGGUGCCGGAGGAGGAGGUGGCCAGGAUGCGGGAGCGGCUUCUGGAGCUGGCGCCGAGGGUGGUCUACCGGCGGCACGGGAGCGCGGCAGAGAGGAUGAGGGAGGCGAGCAUGGACGCCGUGGACAUCGCCGUCGAGGGCGCGCUACGGAGGAUACGGAGGCGGGUGCGUGCUCUGAAGGAUGGUCAGCCGGAGGCCAUUUACGCGAUGGACGACGACGACCAAGAGAUCUAGCUAGUUGAUCAUAUCUUCCAGGUGGUCGCAAGCCUGUGAUGCAACAGAUGUACCAAAAUGAUAAGUGCCACAUAUGCGACACGAAAAAACACCGCCCUACGGUUCUGAUGUUGCAUAUAUAGAUCA